UGAAAUGUGGGGUUCAUUCUGUUGCUUGGUUGGACGUGGCCUAGGAAGAACUAGAAGUUGCACCGCCUCCCAUGGGCCUCUUUGAGCCUGCCUUCUUUGUAUUUGGUAGGAAACAAGGAUAGGGAUGGGAGUCUGGAAAGGAGGGUUAAGAUUGGCCUAGAGACAAAGCCAUUGCAGCCUAAACCCAGAACUUCCUCAUCGUUUUCAUGAUUAAAUGGGGGCUUUUUCACUUCUUUGUGGUUUGGCCCUGUGAUUGGCAGUGUGGUUAUUAGAGGUCUGUUUGCUCAGCUGAGUCAAAGCUUGGCUCUUUAGGGACUCAGGAGUAUCAGGGAUGGGGAGAGAUAAAGGUUUUGAUGCUUUAGAAGGGUGGGAUGAGAGCUAAUAAUCUUGUUUUGGUGUAGACUUCUGUUCAUCUCUAAAGAUCUUAAAACAAGCCUGGUUAAUUGUAGCACCUUAGUGGCUGGGUUUGUGUAUGUGCUUCUCAGGACAACCUCGUGGUAUCCAUCACAUCCAAGAGCAGUGGCAUCUUGGUAAAGAGUGUUCACAUGGUCACACAGCCUUCCUGUUCCUCCCCGCUUCCUGAAAAGACUUAAUCGUUUUUAAGUCUAGAUUGCUCCUUGGAAAAUACCACACUCUACUUUUAUGACCGUUUGAAUUACUUUAGCCCAACCAAAUGAAGGUGUUUCGCAGGUAGCUUCGUAUACCCCGUUACUGCUCAUCAGGUCAAUAGAUUAGAGGGAAAUCCUCCCCCCCCACCCCUCCCACCAGGUGGGAAAAGAGGGGACUGACCUCAGGGACUGUAGCUGCUCUGAGGUCCUAACUGGGGAGAUAGCUCCACCUGCUGGUUGAACACAGAACAGUCUCUGGUGUCUCAGAAUUCUUAAGAAUCUGACAAAAUUCUUGCUUAGACCUGUUUCUUGGGACUCUGGUUGGGGCCAUUGCUGGGAAUCUGGAGCAUGGGUAGACUUAGGAAAGUGUGCAGGUGAUAUGUACUUUUAUGGAAUCCCAGGGUGUUCUCAGGCAUGCUUUGGGUGUAGGGGUAACCAGGACCAUGAACUUGACAAGUGUGCCUUGUCAGGGUGGGAACUAGAACACAUAGAAGCUUUUUUUUUUUUUUUUUUAACUUUUAUGGCGAUCUGGAUUUACCCUUUGGAACCCUCGAGAACAGAGAAGGUUUUUAGAGAAACAUUUGUUUAUUUUUUGCCCCAUUGCACACUGUGGGUGCCCAACGUUGGUCUCACAGACAUAAGAGGAAUUUACCCACCGUGUCUGUCCUUUCCCUCCCUGCAACUAAAUCUCUUAAAGGAAGCAAACUCAGCGGCGAAGGAUUGAAAACCCUGCUGUGGCAGAAGAGAUAAGGAUAAUUACUUCCAUCUUUCCCUUUACCAGUUUUCAGAAUAGCUAGUUGAUUCCCUAAAAUCCUUCAGAGGUGACCAAUGAGAGGUUUUUUUUUUUUCCUGCUUUCUUCUUUUUCUUUUUAGGUAUCACAAUGACUCACAGAUUUUUAACAGACAAUGCGUUUCAAGCAAAUACAGUUAUUAUUCUUCUGUACUGAAAUAGCCCCAUCUUUGGCCAAUAAGAGCCUCUUCAAGUUUACUCCUGAGUCCUUUGACAUGACCCUGGUGGUCUUUGGUAACUUCCUUUAUUCUUGUGUGAUGAGAUGUUCUUGGCUCUUCUUGUGUAUUUUCUGUCCCAGGCUUAAAAUCGGCCAUUUCUCCAAGAAACCCUGAUACUUUAUUUACUGACAACAAUCUUAGUGUUGCUAGGUUGGUCAUUGUUUCUAGGCUUUUUUCCUGUGGACAGAGCUGGGCAAUACUUGUCCUUUUCUCUUAUAAAAAUGAAUUCAUGUUAAUAUUUCUAACUCAAAUUUAUGAUUACAGUUUUAUUUAACUUACUUAUUUUUAUUUUUAUCUUUGUGUCUUUUUUCUUAUGAUGAAAAUCUUGAUCCUAACAAUAGUAAUAUAGUUAUGUGUUCCGUUUUACACACACACACAUUAAAUAUAUAUGUAAUAUAUGAUUAAAAAUAACAAUAUAAUUAUUGUUAACAAUAUGAUUACUAAAAUGUUUAUGAUUUCUUUGCUGUUCUUUUUGUCCUUAGUGUGUAUCUCCUAAGGAUGUACAAUUACUGUAUUCUAAAGUCGUAUGAAAUAAUUUCUCUCUGUGUCAUUAAGCCAGCAAUGAAGUACACAAUUAGAUACAUUUGUUUUGUUUGCUUUCAAUUUUUAGGCAUUGCUUGUUUCAGUUUUAUGUUAUGUAGGGAUUUACAUUGUUCCAAAGUGAAAUCAAAAAGCAAACACAAGAUAUAUUCAGAGAAGUCUCACUUUAGUCUUUGUUUCCUCUAUCCUAUUUCUUCCCUUUUCCUCUACCUAACCUUUUUAAAACACCUUUUUGGUUCUCCUUCUAUUGUUUAUCUUAAGAAAAAACAAUUUUAUUAAGAUAUAAUUUGGACUCCACAAAAUUUACCCGUCUUAAGGGUUCAGUUCAAUGAGUUUCUACUAAGCUGUGCAACUGUCACCAUAAUCCAGGAUCAGAACAUUCCCAGCACCCCUAAAAGAUCUGUCUUCCCAUUUACAGUCAUUCUGCACUGCCGUGCUCAGCCCAAGGCAACCACUGAUCUGCUUUCUGUCUCUAUAAAAUCCAGUGCCGUCGAGUUGAUUCCGACUCACAGUGACCCUGUAGGACAGAGGAGAAUUGCCCGAUAGAGUUUCCAAGGAGCGCUUGGCGAAUUCCAGCUGCCGACCCUUUGGUUCGCAGCUGUAGUACUUAACCACUACGCCACCAGGGUUUCCUCUGUCUCUAGAGAUCUGCCUUUUCUGGACAGCUCAUGAGAGUGGAAUCAUUCGGCAUGUGGCUUCUUUCACUGAGCCUACAUCAGUCCUUCAUCCCUUUUUAUUGCUGAAUAGUACUCUCUUGUAUGGGUAUACUGUAUAUUUUGCUUAUCCAUUUAGCAGUUAAUGAGCAUUUGGAUUAUUUUCAUUUUUUGGCUAUUAUAAAUACUGAUGUGAAUAUUCAUGUGCUAGUCUUCGUGUGGACCUGUGUUUUCAUUUCUCUUAGGAGUGGAAUUGCUGGGUGUAUGGUAAGCUUAUGUUUGACUUUUUAAGAAGUUAAACUCUUUUCCAAAGUGGUUAUACCCUUUUAUAUCCUCACUAGCAACGCAUGAAAGUUCCUGUUUUUUCAGAUCCUUGCCAACAUUUUUUAUCAUCUGUCUCUUAGACUAUAGCCAUUGCAGUGGGUGUGAAAUUUACUUGCGGUUUGUUUGUAGGAAAAUGUAUUCUUUGAGUUCCACAAAUAUUUACUGAGUACUGGCUGUGAGCAAGGCCUUAGGUACACUCUGUGGGAGAUACAAAAUUGAAUGGGACCAGACUCUAGCCCACUGGACUUUAUAAUUCAGGGGAGUGAGAAGAGACAUAUCAUAACGUUAGAGAGGUUUAAAGAGUCAGGGAGUUAUGGCGCAGGGAGAUGAAACACAGUAGGUACUCAAUAAUUGGUAGCAGUUUGUUAUAAUUAUUAAUGGACUUUGUAACUCCCAGGGCUUUCCACCCAACCUACUGUUCUCUGCCCUGUUACCAGUUUUACAGAAAGGUUUAAACAGCUCUGAUCUAGUCCGUCUUCUGCAUGCAUGAUGGCUCCCUGCUUUUCUGUGUGCUGUUUUAGUGUAGCUGAAUGCCUUUUUUUUAAUCCUCUUCUCAUAGAGGGCAGCCCUGCUGCCAGAGUUACUUCCCAGAUGUGAUUAUUAAUUCCUUUUCUUUCUUAUUUCUGAAGACUUGGUGUUUGCCUAUAUUAGCUAAGUAGUUGGGAAUGUGGAGAAAAGUCCCCUGCUUGCAAAGCUUUUGGUUGGCUAAUAAAGGAUAUAUUGGGCUUCUAUCCUCCUUGUCUUGCCUCAGGUUGUGAUAUAUCUCUUGCUAGUUGUCCAUCAUUGUAGUUUUCUGGUCUUUUACUAUUGAGCAUCUGUUCGCUGUGCCCACCCAGAACCCAUGCUGUAUAAAGCCAAACAGAAAUGCAGAGAACUAUCACAUGUUAGGGGAACAGCAAAAUGGUCAUCAUAGUCAAUCUCUGUUAGUGGUACUAAUAAAGCAGAGCAGUGAUACAGAUAUAGGUAGAGGUGGCGGUAGUCAUCUCCAGGGCGUGUUCGUGUGACGGAGAGGCUGGUUCCAGAUUAAAAACUUCGCUAUUACUGAUGAGACCGAUGUUUAUGGUUUCUAAAGUGCUUUGACACAUAUUAAAGCAUUAUGUGCUAAAAGAGCUAAAUGGUUCAGAGUUUGUUUUUUUUUCCUUAAUUUUAACAUGAGCUUUUAGUUAUGAAAAUUUCAAGUACUUGGAAUAGUAUGGAAAAUUUUAUAACAGAUUCUGUGCGUGUUCGCCCCUUCAAGAUUAAACAGAUGUGAUAUAUUUGUUAUGUUUAUUCAGGGUUUUCUCUCUCUCCCACUCUUUUCUCUUUCAAGAAAUAAAACAUUUCAGACACAGCUAACUUUUCUUCCUCCUGCCCCACCAAGAAAACACUAUCCUGAAGUUGAUGUACAUCACCCUCGUGUAUGUUUUUUACCUUUAUGACAGCUGAGAUAUUCAUAAAAACGUGUUGUUUUGUAUGUUUUUAUAUUUGACACAAAUAAUACAUUUUAUAUAUCCUUUUUUUUAAUCAGCUUUGUUUUCAGGGUUUAUCCAAGUUGAUAAAAGAAGAUCAGAUUUGUUCAUUUUAACUGAUUUAUGUAGAGUGCAAUAAGAGCAGUGUCCCCUGCAGUCGUACAAUCCAGCUAUUAUUUGCAGUAUAUUAUUUCUUUGUGCAAAGAAGUCAUUCUUUGCUGCAGGGCACGUCUGUGUACAGGUGUCCUUUUGCACAUAGGAAUGAAGGUUUUUUGGACAGAUAUCUGGAAUGGAAUUGUUGGGUUUUACGCUUUUAUUCAACAUCACUGUAUUUUUCAGAUUGCUUUCAAAAGUGAUCGACUUAGAAUAUUAUGUUAGAUAACACUUAGUACUAUUUGACAUAUUACAUGUUUACUUGUUUGUUUAUUUUCUGUCCGGCUCCCUGCACUCAGAUGUAAGCCAAACAAUGGGAGGCAUUUUUUCUUUCCUGCUCUCUCCUAUAAUUUUCAGUGCUAGGAACAUUGCUUGGCAUAGAAUAGGUACUCAAUAAAUGUUUGUUAAGUGAAUGAAUUUGAUCUUCUCAAAGCUGUGAGGGUAGGGAGACUAGGGAAAUAGGCUGUGAUGUCUGUUUUCCUUGCACCCAUUGUUUAAAUGAGGAAACUGGAACAGGAACCAACUGACUUUUUUGGGUCACACAUCCUCAUAACAAUAGGAUUCCUUGGCUCUUGUUUUUACCUAAGCCUCUUUUAAGGUAUAUGUUAGGAUUUGUAAUUUUUGAGAAAGAUAUUAAAAGUUUUUGAUAGACUCUGACAAAAUUAGUUUUCCACUCUUAAAUGUUUGUUAAAUACUAGUGAAUGUCUAGCACUAUGCUAGUUUUUAACAAACUAGUUGAAUUUGUGAAAGACAGCAUAACAUACCACCACUUGUCUGUAAAUUUGCUGUAUUGUGGUGGCUUGUGUGUUGCUGUGAUGCUGGAAGCUAUGCCACCAGUAUUUCAAAUACCAGCAGGGUCAUCUAUGGUGGACAGGUUUCAGUGGAGCUUCCAGACUAAGACAGAAUAGAAACAGUCUACUUCUGAAAAAAAUUGGCCAGUGAAAACCUUAGGAAUAGCAGCGAAACAUUGCCUGACAUAGUGCCAGAAGAUGAGCCCUUCAGGUUGGAAGGCACUCGAAAUACAACUGGGGAAGAAGCUGCCUCCUCAAAAUAGAGUUGACCUUAAUGACAUGGAUGGAGUCAAGCUUUCAGGACCUUCAUUUGCUGAUGUGGCACAACUCAAAAUGAGAACAAACAGCUGCAAACAUCCAUUGAUAAUCGGAAUGUGGUAUGUACGAAGUGUGAAUCUAGGAAAAUUGGAAGCCAUCAAAAAUUAAAUGGAAUGCAUAAAGAUCAAUAUCCUAGACAUUAGUGAGCUGAAAUGGACUGGUAUUGGCCAUUUUGAAUUGGGCAAUCAUAUGGUUGUCUAUGCAGGUAAUGACAGCUUGAAGAAGAAUGGUGUUGCAUUCAUUGUCAAAAAAGAACAUAUAGUGCUGUCACUGAUAGGAUAAUAUCCAUACACCUACAAGGAAGACCAGUUAAUAUGACUAUUACUGAAAUUUACGCAUCAACCACUAAGGCCAAAAAUGAAGAAAUUGAAGAUUGUGACCAACUUCUGCAGUCCAAAAUUGAUCAAACAUGCAAUCAAGAUGCAUUGAUAAUUAUCGGUGACUGGAAUGUUAAAGUUGGAAACAAAGAAAGAUCAAUAGUUGGAAAAUAUGGCCUUUGGUGAUAGAAAUGAUGCCGGAGAUAGCACGAUAGAAUUUUACAAGACCAAAGACUUUUUCAUUACAAAUACCAUAAUUCAACAACAUAAAUGAUGAGUACACAUGUGAACCUUUGCCAGGUGGCAUACACAGGAAUAAAAUUGACUACAUCUGUGGAAAGAGACGAUGGAGAAGCUCAGUAUCAUCAGUCAGAAGAAGGCCAGGGGUUGACUAUGGAACAGACCAUUAAUUGUUCAUAUGCAAGUUCAAGUUGAAGCUAAAGAAAAUUGAAACAAGGCCAUGACAGCCAAAGUACAACCUUGAGUAUAUCCCACCUGAAUUUAUAGAGACCAUCUCAAGAAUAGAUUUGAUGCAUUGAACACUAAUGACCAAAGACCAGAUGAUUUGUGUGGGAUGACAUCAAGGACACCAUACAUGAAGAAAGCAAAAGGUUGUUAAAAAGACAGGAAAGAAAAUGGAUGUCAGAAGAGACACUGAACCUUGCUCUUGAACUUAGAGUAGCAACUUGCACUUGCCCUUAGAGUAGGUAAUGUGAAUGGAAGAAAUGAUGACAUAAAAGAGCUGAACAGGAGAUUUCAAAGGGCAGUUAGAGAAGACAAAAGUAAAACACUAUAAUGAAAUAUGCAAAGACCUGGAGUUAGAAAACCAAAAGGGAAGAACAUGCUUGACAUUUCUAAAGCUGAAAGAACUGAAGAAAAAAAAAAAAAUUUCUAGCCUCGAGUUGCAAUAUUGAAGGAUUCUAUCGGCAAAUAAGAAGUACUCAGCAUCAGGAUUGGAGGAAGACUCAUUAACAACCUAUAAUAUUCAGGUGACACAACCUUGCAUGCUGAAAGUGAAGACUUGAAGCACUUACUGAGGAAGGUCAAAGAUUACAGCCUUCAGUAUGGGUUAUACCUCAACAUAUAAAAAGAGCAAAAAUCCUCACAACUAGAUCAAUAAGCAACAGCAUGAUAAGCAGAGAAAAGACUGAAGUUGUCAAAGAUUUCAUUUUACUUGGGUCCACAAUCACUGCCCAUGGAAGCAGCAGUCAAGAGAUCAAAUGACAUAUGGCAUUGGGAAAAUCUGCCGCAAAAGGCUUCUUUAUAGUGUUAAAAGCAAAGAUGUCACCUUGAGGACUAAGGUGCGCCUGACCCAAGCCAUGGUACUUUCUCAAUCACCUCAUAUAUAUGUGAGAGCUGGACAAUGAAUAAGGAAAACCAAAGAGAAUUGAUGCCUUUGAAUUAUGGUGUUGGUGAAGAAUAUACCAUGGAUAUACCAUGGACUGUAAGAAGAAUGAACAAAUCUGUCUUGAAAGAAGUACAGCCAAACUGCUCCUUAGAACCGAUGAUGGUGAGACUUGGUCUCGUGUACUUUGAACAUGUUAUCAGGAGGGACCAGUCUCUGGAGAAAGACAUCAUGCUUGGUAAAGUAGAGGGUCAGCGAAAAAGAGGAAGACCCUCAAUGAGACGGAUCAACACAGUGGCUGCAACAAUGGGCUGAAACAUGGCAACAAUUGUGAGAAUUAUAUGGACUAGGCACUGUUUCAUUCUGUUGUACACAGUGUCUCUAUGAGUCAGAACAGGCUUGAGGACAACUAACAACAACAACAACAACAACAACCUAAGCAAAAUCUUGAACAACGCAGGAAGCAUCAAAAGAAGAUGGAAGGAGUACACAGAAUCACUGUACCAAAAACAGUUGGUCAACCUUCAGCCUUUUCAAGAGGUAGCAUAUGAUCAAGAGCCAAUAGUAUUGAAGGAAGAAGUCCUAGCUGCACUGAAGGCAUUGGCAAAAAACAAGACUUCAGGAAUUGGUGGAAUACCAGUUGAGAUGUUUCAACAAAUGGGUGCAUUGCUGGAGGCACUCACUCAUCUAUGCCAAGAAUUUAGAAGACAGUUACCUGGCCAACCAACUGAAAGAGAUCCCCAUUCAUGCCCAUUCCAAAGAAAGGUGAUCCAAUAAAAUGUAGGAUUUAUCAAACAGUAUCAUUAAUAUCACCUGAAAUAACAUCGUGAUUAAAAGUCUCAGAGUUAAGGCUGAGCCAAGAUGGUGGCUUAGUCACACACACCGUAAUGUCUUCCUGCACCAAAGAUCCAGUAAAAUAAGCAAAAUGGGAAUAGAUAACAAUCCAGGAACCCCAAACAUCAAAAAAAGAAGGUCUAAGGACUGAACUGAACACUGACUAAAAGGAAAAAGUGAGUGAAUGCAGUGAAAGAGGAGUAAUAAGGAACGGAGGAGCUCAGCCAGCCAUCCUGGAUCGACAUGGCCAUCUUAGGACAAAGCCAGGAGUGACCCUGGGUGAAGAAAAUAGCAAGGGAACUUCACAACUUUCCCAGAAGGGACAGAGAAACUCUGUAGACAUGCAUGGAAAGAAGCAGAGGCAGGGCGGGAGCCGGGAUCCAGAACUGGAGAUACUCAGGAGUGGUAGCCCCAGACCUCUGGGGUGAGAGCACUCAUGAGACGGUGAACCCGCAGAGUGUCAGUGGAACUUUCCUACCCAAACGGUGACUGGGCAGCCCUCCCCGCACACACCCGACAGGAGACAGCUUCUGCUCGCUAGCUGUAGCUGCUGCAAGUUGCGCCGGCACCCAUGACCUUAGCCUGAGGGACACAUUCCCCCUCACCCUAUCCUCCUGAUCAGAGGUGACAGAGAGUCCCAUACCCAAGCCACUUCGGCUGACCAGAGGACUACAACACAAGCAUUUCCUCUUACCCCCAUCUCACCAACCCUGCCUGCUACUCCUCGUUGCCCACCCAGUGAGCGAGACUAUGCUCACCCCUGUGCGCAUACGCACCUAUCAUCUAUACCCCCUCCAAGGGACCGGUGGGGUGCAGUGGUGGCAAGACAGCGAGAGAGCUCACUUGCUGCUGUCUCUGCUUUCCCCUCACCUGGUGAGGGGUGGAGGAGACGCAAUAUGUGUGUACCCCUCUGCUGCCCUAUUCUCCCUCCCCCUGCCCAACAUGAGGCAGAGGUGACACGAUUGUGCAUGCAUUUGCCCGGCACGACUUCUGCCCUUAGCCCAUCCAGUGUGGGACAGAGGAGUAGCAACUGCAUGUGCAUCCCGCCUGAGGCCCUUUCCUCUCUCCCCCUGCCCAGUGCAAGGCAGAAGUGGAGCGAGUGCAUGUGCAUAUGCCCACUGCACCUUCUUCCUCUUGCCACCCAUCGAUGGGUGUAGUGUGACUGAGCGAACAUCCUCGUGCCGUUUCCUCCUCCCUUCUCCCACCCAGGAGGAGGCCAAAGGAGAGUGACUGCACAUAUGUCCUCCAGCCGCCCCCUCUCUACCAACCAUACCCCCCCCAACUGGCAAGAGGUGAUGACCAAGCCCCCACUUGUCCACCCCACCCCCACACUGGUCAUUCUACCUGCAAGGAGAUCACCACUCCCCACUCCUGUGCUACUGAACCGAAGACAAAUGGAAGCCAAAACCUGACCAGCUCACCCAGUCACCCCCACAAGACCAGUAAACAGAGACUCAAGCUCCCACACCUAUCCACCAUCCUGCUUGCCCAGAGACAGGUAGGGAGUGUUCCAGCAUGAUCAGUCCAAUGACUAGAGUACCAUACCAGCCAUGUCUGCCAGGAAUCAUCAGAGCAGAACAAGAAAACAGGACCCAACAAAUAUUUAUACAAUUAAAAAGUACAAUAACCUCUUAAUGCCCCGGUGACAACAGCCAUUAGCAAACCACCUAAAGAAGCAGGGCAAGAUGGCCUGAGCAAGUGAUCGACAUAAAGAACCAUAAAACCUCCCUGAGGAAGAGAAGAUAAUGGAGCUUCCUGUAAGGAAUUCAAAAGACUUAUGUAUAUGGUCCUCAAAGGAAUCAAGGAAAACACAGGCAAAACUAUGGGAAACAUAGACAACACCAAGGAAAGCACAGACAAAAUGCUAGAAGAAUUCAGAAAAACAGUACAAAAACAAAAUGACAAAAUGGACAAUUGGAAACCAUAUAAAAACAGCAACUAGAAAUGCAGACACUUCACAAUAAAAUUUCAGAAAUAGACAACUUAGUGGAAAAUUGUCAGAGUAGAAUCGCAACAAUGGAAAACAGGAUCAGCAAAACAGAAGACACAUCCACUGGCACUAAUCUGUUUGAGGAACAAUUAAAAAAAAAAAAGAAUGAAGAAAGCCUAAGAGUUUUGUGGGACACCAUCAUGAGAAAUAACUUACACAUGAUCGGAAUCCCAGAAGAGGAGGAGUCAACAGAAAGCACAGAGAAUUGUUGAAGAUUUGCUGACAGAAAACUUCCCUAAUAUCAUGAAAGAUGAGAAGAUAACCAUCCAAGAAGCACAAGGAACCCCAUACAGGAUAGAUCCCAAAAGAAGAAUGCUGAUACAUAUCAUAAUCAAACUUUCCAAAACCGAGGACAAAGAAGGAACCCUGAAACCAGUUCGGGAAAAGCGAAAGACCACCUACGGAGAAGCUUCGCUAAGACUAAACUCUGAUUACUCGGCAGAAACCAUGCAGGCAAGAAGGCAAUGGGAUGAUGUAUAUAAACCUUGAAAGAAAAAAACCCUGCCAAACCAAGAAUUAUAUACCCAGCAAAAUUAUCCCUCAAAUACGAUGGUGAAAUUGGGACAUUUCCAGAUAAACAGAAAUUAAGGGAAUUGGUAAAAACCAGACCAAACUUUACAAGAAAUGUUAAAGGGAGUCCUUUGGAUAGAGAACCAACAACAUCAGACAACAACUUGGGAUUAGGACACAGGACAGAUCAACCAGAUACCAACCCAGAUAAAGACUUGCCAACAAUAAAACAAAGCUAAAAGACUGAAAACAGGGAAUCAGAGGUAUCAGUAUAUAAAUGAUGAUAAUGUUAAAAUUAAAAAGGAAUAAACGAUGUAGUUAUACAACUUUCAUAUGGUAAGGAAGGCAAGGCAAUAUCAAGAAAUAAAAGACUGGUUUAAAUUUAGGAAGAUAAAGGUAAAUUUCAAGGUAACCACAAAGAAAGUUAACAAACCUACCCAUCAAAAUAAAAAAGAAGAACGUGAAGACUCAGUAAACACAAAGUCAACAAUAAUUAAAGAAACGAAAAUUCUCAAGCAAAAAGAACUCAGCACAGAAAAUUAAAUAGAACAAAGAAACUGUCAACACCACAAAAAAAAAGUCCAACAAAAUGACAGCAGUAAACUCAUACCUAUCUAUAAUCACGCCGAAUGUGAAUGGCUUAAAUGAACCAGUAAAGAAAUAAAGAGUGGCGGGAUGGAUUAAAAAAAUACAACCAAUCAAUAUGCUGUCUACAAAAGACACACCUUAGAUAAAGACAUAAACUAAAACUCAAAAGAUAGAAGAAAUAUAUCAAACAAACAAUAACCAAAAAAAGAGGAGGAGGGACAAUAUUAAUCUCUGAUAAAAUAGACUUUAAAGCAAAACCCACCAUAAGAGAUAAGGAAGCACAUUAUAUAAUGAUUAAAGGGUCAGUCCACCAAGAGGACAUAACUAUAAUAAAUAUAUACAAACUCAAUGACAGAGCUCCAAAAUAUAUAAAUCAAACUCUAAUAGCACUGGAAAGAGAAAUAGAUACUUCCACAAUAAGACAAGGGGACUUUAACACACCAUUCUCAGUGAAGGGCAGAACAACUAGAAAGGAACUCAACAAAGACAUAGAAGAUCUAAAUACCACAAUUAACCAACUCGACCUUAUAGACAUGUACAGAACACUUCACCCAACAGCAGUGAAGUACGCAUUCUUCUUCAGUGCUCAUGGAUCAUUCUCCAGAAUAGAUCACACCUUAGGCCACAAAGCAAGUCUCAACAAAUUCAAAAACAUUGAAAUAAUACAAAGCAUCUUCUCUGAUCACAAUGCUCUAAAAGUAGAAAUCAAUAACAGGAAGAGCAAGGAAAAAAAAUCUAAUCCAUGGAAGCUAAAUAACAGCCUGCUUAAAAACUACUGGUUAGUAGAAGAAAUCAAAGAUAGAAUUAAAAAAUUCCUAGAAUCAAGUGAGAAUGAAAACAACAUACCAAAACCUUUGGGACACAGCAAAAGCAGUGCUCAGAGGUCAAUUUAUAGCAAUAAAAGCACAAAUCAAAAAAGAAGAAAGGGCAAAAAUCAAAACAUUAACCAUACAAUUCGAACAAUUAGAAAGAGAGCAGCAAAAGAAGCCCACAGUUGCUAGAAGAAAUGAAAUAAUAAAAAUUAGAGCAGAAAAAAUGAAACGGAGAACAGGAAAACAAUAGUCAACAAGACUAAAAGCUGGUUCUUUGAAAGAAUCAGUAAAAUCGACAAACCACUGGCCAGACUGACAAAAGAAAAAUAGAGGAAGAUGCAAAUAACCCAAAUAAGAAAUGAGAUGGGUGACAUAACAGCAGAACCAACUGAAAUAAAAAGGAUCAUAACGAAAUACUACGAAAAGUUGUACUGCAAUAAACUUGAAAAACUAGAGGAAAUGGACAAAUUUCCAGAAACACACUACCUACCUACCUACACUACCUACCUAAACUAACUAAAUGAGAUUUAAAAAAAAUUUGAAUAGACCCAUAACAAAAGAAGAAAUGGAAGGGAUCAAAAAAACAAAAACAAAAAAGAUAAAAAGCUACAGCCCAGAUGACUUCAGUGGAGAAUUCCACCAAACUUUCAGAGAAGAGUUGACACCAAUUCUACUCACACUAUUCCAAAACAUAGAAAAGGAAGUAAUACUCCCGAAUUCAUUCUAUGAAGCCAGCACAACCCUGAUACAGGCAAAGACAACACUCAAAAAGAAAACUACAGACUAAUAUCCCUCAUGAAUACUGACACAAAAAUUCUCAAGAAAGUCCUAGUCAAUAGAAUUCAAAAGCACAUCAAAGAGUAAUAACAACAUGACCAAGUAGGAUUUAUACCUGGCAUGCAAGGAUGGUUCAGCAUUAGAAAAUCAAUCAGUAUAAUCCACUACAUAAAUAAAACAAAGGAAAAGAAUCAGACAAUUAUCUCAAUCAUUGCAGAAAAGGCAUUCCAUAAAGUCCAACAGCCAUUCCUGAUAAAAACUCUGAGCAAAAUAGAAAUAGAGAGGAAAUUCCUCAACACAGUAAAGAAUUUAUACAAAACCAACAGCCAAUAUUAUCCUCAGUGGAGAGAGCCUCAAAGCAUUUUCCUUGAGAACUGGAACCAGACAAGGAUGCCCUUUAUCACCACUCUUAUUCAACAUUGUAUUGGAAGUCCUAGCAAGAGCAAUAAGGCAAGAAAAGGAAAUAAAGGGCACCUGUAUUGGUUUUUAUAUUGGUAAGGAAGAAGUAAAACUAUCCAUUUUUGCAGAUGAUAUGAUCCUAUAUGUAGAAAAUCCCAAAGUUUCCACAAGAAAGCUACUGAAGUUAUAGAAGGAUUCAGCAAAGUGGCGGGAUACAAGAUCAGCGUACAAAAAUCAGUCAGAUUCUCCUACAUCAACAAAGAGGACUUUGGAAAGGAAUUCAGGGAAAUCUGUACCAUUUACAACAGCCCCCCAAAUUAGAAAAUACUUAGGAAUAAAUCUAACCAGGUACGUAAAAGACUUAUACAAAACAUUACUGUAAGAAACCAAAAGAGAUCUGCAUAAAUGGAAAAACAUACCAUGCUCUUGGAUAGGAGGACUUAAUGGUGUGAAAAUGGUCUGUACUACCCAAAGUAAUAUAUAGAUAUAUUGCAAUUCCAAUCCAAAUUCCAGCAGCAUUCUUCAACAAGAUGGAAAAACUAAUCACUAGCUUGAUAUGGAAGGGAAAGAGGCUCCAAUUAAGUAAGGCGUUAUUCAAGAAAAAGAAUAAUGUAGAAGGCCUUAUUAUGAUACGUUAUCUCAGAACCUACUGUGCAGCCAUGGUAGUCAAAACAGCCUGGUACUGCUAUACAACAAUGGACACAUAGACUGAUGGAACAGAAUUGAGAACCCAGACAUAAAUCCAUCCAUCUACAGACAGCUGAUCUUCAACAAUGGACCAAGGUCUAUUAAAUGGGGAAGAGAUUGUCUCUUCAACAAAUCAUGCUGGCAAAACUGGAUAUCUAUCUGUAGAAAAAUGAAACAGGACCGGUACCUCACAGUAUGCACAAAAACUAAUGCAAAAUGGAUCAAAGACCUAAAUAUAAAAUCUAAUACUGUAAAGAUCAUGAAGGAAAAAAUAGGGACAAUGCUAAGGGCCCUAAUAUAUAUAUAUGGCAUAAAUAGAAUACCAAACAUAACUAAAAAUGCACAUACAGCAGAAGAUGAAUUAGAUAAAUGGGACCUCCUAAAAAUUAAACAUGCUUAACUGAAGACUUCUCCCAUAGAGUAAAAAGAGAACUUACAGACUGGGGAAAAAAUUUUAGCUACAACAUAUCUGACAAGGGGCUAAUCUCUAAAAUUUACAGAAAACUUCAACACCUCAACAACAAAAAAAGACAAGUAAAUUAAAAAACGGGCAAAGAAUAUGAACAGACACUUCUCCAAAGAAGGCAUUAAUGCUGCUAACAAACUUAUGAAGAAAUGCUUAAAAUCAUUAGCCAUUAAAAAGAUGCAAAUCAAAACUACAAUAAGUAUCAUUUCACCCCAACAUUACUAGCACUAAUUAAAAAAACAGAAAAUAAGAAAUGUUGGCAAGGUUAUGGGGAAACUGGAAGUCUUAUACACUGCUGGUGGUAAUGUAAAAUGGUACAUCCACUAUGGAAAAUGGUAUGGCGCUUCUUUAAAAAGCUAGAAAUAGAAAUACCAUAAAAUCCAGCAAUCCCACUCCUAGGUAUAUACCUUAAAGAACUAAGAGCCAUGACACAAAUAGACAUACGCACACUCAUGUUCAUCACAGCAUUAUUCACAAUAGCAAAAACAUGGAAACAACUGAAGUGCCCAUCAGCAGAUGAAUGGAUUAAACUCUAGUACAUACACAUGAUGGAAUACUAUGCAACUAUAAAGAAUAAUGACAAAUCCGUGAAACAUCUCACAACAUGGAUAAAUUUGGAGGAUAUAAUGCUGAGUGAAGUAAGUCAAUCACAAAAGGACAAAUAUUGUAUGAGACCUCUAUUAUAAAGUAACAACGAAAGGUUUAUACACAGAAGAAAAAAAAUAACAUUGUUUGAUGGUUACCAGGGAUGGGAGGGUGAGGGAAUAGAUGGUAAACACGUGUUAAUAUUUGUGAAGGGAGAUAGACAAUAGAUAUGUGGUAACUUUGGUAAAGGGUAAGACAGUAUAUGAGAAGAAGAAAAAAAUAUUUGUGAAGGGAAAGGCAAUACACAAUAUGGGAGAAAUCAGCACAGCAUGACCAAGGCAAGAGAGGAACGCAGGAAUAAAGAAUAACUAGUAACUACUGGAAACCCUGGUGGCGUAGUGGUUAAGUGCUGCGGCUGCUAACCAGAGGGUCGGCUGUUCGAAUCCUCCAGGCGCUCCUUGGAAACUCUAUGGGGCAGUUCUACUGUGUUGUAUAGGGUCACUAUGAGUCGGAAUCGACUCGACGGCGCGAGGAUUGGUUUGGUUUUUUUAUAGUAGCUACUACAGCAUAGACAAUCCUGCGGCAAUAGUAUUAACAAACAAUAAUUUAGGAAUGGAUACAUAGGUAGAAGAUAUGCCAGGAGGUGUGGGAGGGUGUAAGAAAGCACAACCACCAGGUUGUGUGGUGGAUAUUUCUAUAUGUGACUGGAGGUUCUCCUCAUGUAUUAAUAUAGACAAUAGAGCACACAAGUGGCACAGUCAGGGAGAGCUCUUAGACUUAACCAAACACUUCAAGGGAUGAAGUUCCUAGGAUCAAAGGCAAAGGACCAUAGACUGGGGGGAAAUCUAUGUCAAUUGGCACAAUGUAGUUCAUAAAGACAGUGUUCCACAUCCUACUUUGAUAACGUCUGGGGUCUUAAAAGAUUGCAAGCAGCAAACUGAGAUACAACUAUUGGUCUCUUCCAGUCCAUAGCAAAGGAGAGUGGAAAAAAAAAAACAGACUCAAGGGAGCAAUUAGUCCAAAGGACUGAUGGACCGCAUGAACCACAGCCCACCUGACCCUGGGACCAGAAGAACUAGAUGGUGUCCAGCUUCUAUUACUGACCACUCUUGACUGGGAUCACAACAGAGGGUCCUGGACAGCGUGGGAGGAAAAAAGUAGAACAAAAAAUUAAAUUCACAAAGAGGACUAGACUUACUGGACUUGAAAGAGAAUGGAGGAACCCCUGAAACUAUGGCAGUAAGACACCCUUCUGACCUGGAACUGAAGCUGUUUCUGGAAAUCACCCUCCAGCCAAACAAUAGACAAGCCCAUAAAAUAAACACUAACACUCAGAGAGGGACGUGCUUCUUAGAACAAUCAAUUAUAUGAGAUCAAAAGGGCAAUAUUUGCCCCUAAGCAAAGAUGAGAAGGCAGGAAGGGGAACCCAGGGUGGAAAUGGGGAGAGUGCUGACACAUUGUGGGAAAUGAAGCCAAGGCCAUGAAACAUUUUAUGUAUAAACUAUCCAAUGGAAAUCUGAUUUGCUCUGUAAACUUUUAUCUAAUGCACACACACGCACGCACCAACACACACAAAACCUCUUAGAGUUAAACAGAAGCUCAUGUUCUGGUUUUGCCGCUUUCCAGUGGUGUUACCUUGGGCAGAUUAAUCUGCUUUCUUGAACAGAGGUUUCUUCAUUUAAAAAAAAAAAAAAAAUUUUUUUUUUUUCCCAGGGAAUUCAGAUAAAGGGGUGAUCUUCACUGAGUAGACUUAGGGUGUACAUUUUUGUGUACUCUAUGGCACUUAGCACUUGGCAUAUAUAGAUGAAGCACCAUUUAUGUUUGUGGAAUAAAUGAAUGAACUCUUUGAGCUUGGAAUUUUGGCUGUCUCUGUAUAGUUUGAAUCUACCAGCCACUCCUUGGAAAACCUGUGGGGUAGUUCUCCUCUGUCCUAUAGAGUUGCUAAGAUAGUAAUGGGGUUUUUUUUUUGGUAUAGGUGGGAUACCUAUGGACAGUAAACAGUUAACUAGAAAAAGCCAAAGGAGAAGCUGUGAAGAGUAGGGAGACCUUAAAAGUCUGUUUCCUCAGAAGGCAGCAGAUGUGUUAAGAGCUCAGGCUAGAUGAGAAAAAGGUCCAGAUGAAAGUCAUUGUGAUCAGAGUUAACUUAGUAAAAUAGUGGAAGCAGUCCCUAAGAAGGAAAAACAAGCACCCAAACUUUGGACCUUGGAGUAAAUAUACUCUCCUUAGGGUUUUGGGUUGGUUUAGGGCCUAGUCAAGAAAAAGUAUAUCACGGCCCUUGGAGGGUGGGUCUCAUACCUUUUAGCUCCAGGUUGCCUGUAAUAAAUAGGAAGAAAAGGGAUUUACUGUAGACUAGGCACUGAGCCAAGUACUUUAUAGACAUUAUCUUAUUAAUCCUCUCACCAGAUCUUUUGAGUAUUAGUAUCCAGAAGUUAGUUAAGUUACUUAGCUAAUAGUUAACAGAGCUGGGAUGUGAACCUAGGUCCACCUUCCGGAAAUCUCUGCUCCUUUCCAAGACCAGAUUUCUUCUGGAGCAGAAGUAAACGAAGGCCUGAUUUGCCCGAUGUAUACGGAAGUUUAAAAGAGAAAAGGCUCACAGAAGUAAAUAUGCUGGGUUCCGUCAGGCUUUUCAAAGAAACCCCCACAGCAGUAGCAAUCAUAUUAAGCAGCUGUCUCUCUUGCCCCUGAGUAGACCAAUUUCAGGAAUUUGGUUUGCUUGUAUUUCAUGAGUAAAAACAGUGGGUCAAGGCCAGCCCUUAGGGUGUACAACUUAAAAAUGCCAUGGUUCCAGUUCUUUCUGUUGGAGGAGUGAAGGCCCAGUGUCUGUCUGCCUAGAGAACUUCACAUUGCGGUGUCAGAUUUUUUUGCUUUUAAAAUGAUUUCCUGAAGUCUGAUUGAAUUUCUCUCCUGUCCCCUCUCUUCUUGUUUUUACUGUGGUUUAUAAUGGCCAUAAGAUGGUGCUGCAACUUUGCAGUCAGCUUUAAAAAAAGACUUAGGAGAGAAACACUUAUUGCAGUUAGGCAGAUGGGGCAUCAGUGGUAGGGUCGCACAAUAGGCUGUGUAGGAGCUGUCACUUUGGGGCUUCUUAUUACUUUCCCUUUUAAAAAAAAAUUUUUUUUUUUUAAUGUGGUGAAAUAUGUAUAACAAAGCACCAUUUCAACCACCAUACUUUCCUUUUGUGGAGGGAAUUUUUAGGUCUCCAAUAAGGUGGGUAGGACUGGUGCAAGACUUCAGGGCUUACAUAGAGUCAGGCAGGCUACUUCUCCAUCUGUUGCACGACCUUUUGGUAUAGAAUAAAUAAAUAGAUGCAACAGGGAAGAAACAUGUAACAUGCUUUCUUCAUUGCCUUUCAGAGCCCUUUGGGUUGGUGUUAUCUCAUCUGUCAGAUACGUUACUAAACUGGGGCAGGAUGACUUCUGAAUCGACUUUUUGAAUUUGUAAUUCAGACUUCCUGCCCUACUAUAGUUUGAGUAAAGCACCUGGGCCUCAUUUUGGCAGCUUCCGCUUACUUCCAAACGGCAGCAGUCUCUGAGUCCCAGGUCCAGGCAAGACUAGUUGCCAACUCAGAACAGUGGGAGAUCUUCCUGUUUUCUCAGCUAAGAGUGGAUUUACGCCUUAGUGCAGCUGGAAGGCAGCACAACAUAGUGAUUAAAAGUCUUAGAGUUAAACAGAAGUUCACGUCCUGGCUCUGCCGUGUGCUUGCUAUCUGUGUUACCUUGGGCAAAUGAAUCAGUGUUCUUAAACUGAGCAGCUUCUUCAUCUGUAAAAUGUGAAGUAAUACUUUUGGCCUCAUAUGGUUACUGGGGGAAUUAAAUGAGAUAAUCCAUACAAGUAGUUUAGCACAGUGUUUGGCAUGUAAAAUGUGCCAGAAAACGUUAGUAGCAGCAGCAGUAAUUGCUGGUGAGCAUUGUGUCAACUAUCGUUCAGUGGAGAUCUGCUUCUCUCAUGGAUUUGGACGUGCUGUUUUGUUGUUUGUUUUGCUAAGCCUCCAUUUACUAUACUCAAAACUGAUUUCUGGGUUUUUCCUCUGUGUGUCAUUGGCCAGCAGAAUUAAUAGAGCUUUUUUUUUUUUUUUCCCAAAGGGAAAUACAUACUUACAGGAGGUUCAAUCUCUUUAAAACCUAUGUUCUUUUUCUUAACUGUGAGGAGUAGAAUCUGGUCUUUUUCCAGGUUUAUAAUUUGCUUAAAGUAAUUUUAUUGUAGUCUGAUCUAAAAAAAUUGAGAACAUGUAUAUCUUGCUUGAUAUUUUCUUUUGGACAUCUUCCUGCAACAAUCGAAAUCUAUUUCAUUUAUAGUUUGGGGCCAUAAAUGUAGCUUCCCAGCCCUGACUCUUCUUGGCCCCUUCCCUUCCCUUGCUGGUACAAGCCUAGCUGGUUUGCUUUUUCUCUCUUUGAUAUUGUUCUCCUCCUCCUUCAUUCUCGUUCGUUACCUUUUCCCAUGGCCUCUCUUCGUUUCCCCUCCCUUUUCCAUUUACUCUCACAUUCCCGCCCUCCCUCCUAACCCUCCCUGAUUCCUCCCCUCCCCUGGUUUCUAGCUCCUUUUUGCUUUCUGUUUGUGUUACUGAGGGCAGUGCUCCAAUUACCUCAUAUUUGGAGAGAGGAAGCUGCAGCCAAUCCGGUUUCUGUCUGCUUUUAGGUCAAGUGAUUUCUGAACUGCAGUGAGAUGCUUUGAAUUUGUCUUCUUGCAGCUCUGAGCCUGUAAGAUGGCUGUCUGAAUCGGCAGCGGCUAGAAGAGACAGAAAGAGGUGGGGAGGGAGGGAGAAAGAAUUGGAGGGAUUGCCGCCGGCAUAGUGCAUGUUUUUAUGUGGCUCUAAUCCGAUGAAUAGCGGCAGUGGUGGAGUGGGAAUCCGAUGAAGCCAAGGUUGGGGUUUCUCUGGGAUCACAGGACUGGUUUAGCUGCGUUUUUGCUGAGAUUAAGAGCUGAAAGACAUGGGAAAUUCACUAGGCUGUGUUAAGGAGCCGAAAGAGUCAAUAGCUAUUCCUGAGAAGGCUCCCAUAUCUCCUAAGAAAAGGGUUCGGUUCAAAAGGAAGUGGAGGGGGAAGAAAACCUCCACUCCAGAGGCAUCUCAUGAGGAAGAACCUUUGGAAGGGACUGGAGCCACUGAAGAGACUGAAACCUUAAAGAAGUUAACAGUGAGUCUCGGAAAGGAGGAAGGAGUGGGAGGGGUAGAGCAUCCCCCCCCAGACGUUUUACUACCUGGGGACUCUGCCCCCAACUCAGGGGUGGGGGACCACGGAAUGAUCGUGCAGGUGAAGGAGAGAUUCCAGGGGGAGAUCCAGACUGCUCACCUUUUGUUAAAGAAUGAGUCAUCAGUUGCUGGAGGGGUCUGGGAUUCCCUGGAAGAGGGGAUGACUGUUGUUGCUCACCUGCUCGAUAACCCAGCAGAAAGGAACUGUGAGAAGUCAGUGAGCCAACUGGUGGAAUUUCCAAGGACAGCAUCCUGCAGCAGCAGGGCUGUGCUGCUGCCUUUGCAAGGAGAGACUGCAGUGGAGAAAGCAAGGACUCGGCUUGGAUUUCGGAGCAGCACUUUGCCCAGGACAGACUACCCCACCGACAGAGGAAAUCAAGACCAACUUUCAGAGGGCAGGAGUGUGGGGGGAGGAUCCAGGGGUAUUUCAAGUACCCCUCAGACAGGUUCCUGGAUUGCAGGUUGUUCUGUUUCUUCAUCACUACUGGACCAGUCGGGAGGCCAAAGACGUGCAGAGCCUGCCCAUGUGGGUCAGGUGCCCUCCCAGGGUCCCAGGCUGCCUACUUCUCAGAGUGAUUUAUCCAUCAGUGGCAUGACUGUGAGCAUUUUGCCCUCCUCUUCUGGCUAUGGCAGUGAUGGACCACACUUACAGGGGAUUCAGCCUAAGGAUGUAGAACCUGAAAAGAGCUCCACAUCUUUCUCAGAAGAGGAUGGCACUCUUUCUUUGGAGGCAAGCCACAACCCAUCGUGGGGUCUGGAGGAGGUAGGUGGGCAUGUUCACGGGAUAAUCAAACAGCUGAUUGGAGUCCUGGCCUUCAAACUUAUUAAAAUGUGGUGUGGUGAGCAGUGAAGAUUUUUGGUGCUUCUUCCCAAACUCAUCCCUAUGUCAGGUACUAUGAGUUAGUGACUGCUCUGUUGGGGCAAGCAGAGUCUAUUUCAGAUCUGUCCCUUGAUGCUUGAAACGAAGCUUUGUUGUCCCUGGGGAAGUUCUGAUUCUGAGUAACCAAGUGGCAUAAUUGCUCGAGCUAUCUGGUGGGGUUAUCUCUCAAGGUGCAGUGUUAGAUAGUACUUACUCUCAGGUCUGUUUACCAGCUUCCCUGCAACAAGAAGAUGUGAUGUAGCACAAAGGAUGAUGGGGAGGCCUAACUGAAUCUCUGAAAUGAGUGUGGAAGGGCUGAGGGAUGUUGAAGCGCUGGGAGUGAGGCAGCUGUCUUCAGUGCUUCUCCGCUGGAGGGUGGUGUUCUUACUAGCGAUGAUGAAUCCCACUCCUGCAGGGGGACUUCUAAUGACAGCUCUCAUUCAGUACUUGUAUAGGUGGAGAGUGCUUAUCCUUCUUUGGUUUUCUCAGUGUUCCAUCAUUAAAGGAUAGGGGCAUAGAGUUAUCUGGAGUCAGGGAGAUUAGGGCAGUUGGUAAGGUUCCAGGUUUUUUUUUUUAAAAGUUUGUUUUGUAGUUGGACUUUUUGAGGGCUUUAACAUGUUUUUGUUCAUGAAAUUGUGAUUAUAUAUAGAUACACAUACCUGAGUGUGUAUAUAUAUAUGUGUAUGUGUUUAUAUAUAUGUAUAUGUGGUGGUGAUGAGUUUUGUGAAUCAUUUUAAGGGUCCAGAGCAAGUGAGAAUUCAAAAGAUGAGGAGGUGGACUCAGCAAGACCCUGGGUAGAACAGGGCCUGGCAUGUAGGUGUGUGAUUGAAGUUAGAAUUCACCGAUGGGUGAAGAACUUCUGUUGGCAUGUCAGCCUCGGCGGCAGAAGAAAUAAAAACUUUAGGAUAUCGGAGCUGCAAGGGGUGGAAGACAAAGUAGGGCAGACACUGCUUCCCUAGGCUGGUACAAUACAGCUGAUACCACACAGCUUCCCUGAUAUGCAGAGCAGGGAUGUGGCCAGCCUACUGGUGCGAGGCUUAUCAUCGAUAGCAUGAGGCCAGGGAUAGACACAAAUUUUAAGAUGACCUGUGCUUAAAAUCUCCUCUUUCGGGAGGAAUUUCCCCCAUGGAUAGGCCCAUCCUAGUGCCCUCUGUUAUUACAGAGUUUGGAGAUUGCCUGCAGCUGGAGAGGAGAGUGGCCAUUAGAAAAUAUCUGCUAUGUGGUUGGGCAAGAAGCUGCUUGGGCUUUUCCACAUAAAAAUGUGUGUGUGCGUAUGUUAUGGUAGGAAGAAAGCAGUGGGGCUCCUGGGGUGUACAGGUAUUUGGAUAUCACUGGAUACGAGAGGAUGUCAAAGUUACUGCACUGCAUUAAAGUGGACCUUGUGGAGGCAUCAGAUUAUUAUAGGAUAAGUGCUCAUAAUUGGACAUGAGAUUUUCAGAAAGUUUGGAGUGUGAACUUCAGGAACUUCUGGUAGAAAUCAGUUCUAGGUAACGGAUCAUGGGUGACAAUGGCACUUUUAGUAUGGGCUGGAUCUCCACACUGGGAAUGGAAGGUUCUGCAUAACUCUGUAAAGAGUCUCAAAAAAAAAAAAAAAAAAAAAAAGAUUGGUAGGAGAAACCUUUGGGUAUUGAGGGUGGUGUGAGACUGUUGCUUUUCAGUAUGUGACUCAGAUUGACCUGUGACAUUUCUGGGAAACCAACCUUUAUAUCCUAUCCCUUUUCCCCGUCAGCGCAGACACAGCCAGACUACUCAGUUGUAGCCAAGGCUGAAAAACUAAGUGAUUGAUGAUUAGACAAGUUUCUAGGCUCUGUGUCCAUUGUGUGAUGUAGGGACCACAGACUGACCAUCCCAUAUGACAGAUAAGUAAUGUAUCAAGGUAUGUGGAGAUCCUUUCAGAUUGAAAGUCUUUGAGGCCAAGGUGCCUGGAACCCUCAUUAGUCUCUUCAGGAAGCUGCUCCUUCACUAGCAAGCUACUCGCAAGGCCUUGAGGACAGAAGGGACAGAAAGACAGGACAAUGUGUUUUGACACUGUGGCCUUGUGUGAAAUGCGAGUUGAGAAUCAAGACUAGAGCAUGUGAUAAGAGCAGGGGCCUCUGUGACUGUGGGAGCACUGGGAGGACACGGGUCAGAAGGGGAGCAGCUGCUGCUAAUCACACACUAAAGAGGCACAUGAGACCCUCCUGAGAGGAGACAGCUUAGAGCCCAAUAUAGUUGAUUUUUGUUUUGUUUUGUUUUUAAUAUGUCAGAGCAGUAACCCUCCUCAGAAAAUAACUCAAGAGCUCCAGAGUGAUGUCUGCCCUUGACAUAACUCAGGCCCCCUUGAUCUCUACUGUUAGUGAAUCCAGGGAAUGUUGGUGGGAGUGGACCCGGCUAUGGCUAGACAUAAACUUUGCAGAGGGUUUUGCUUCUUUUCAGGAUAGACAGAAAAAGGCACUGAUUCUGAGUCUUGCUGAGUGUGGGGCUUAGAUGAUAGAAGAUAAAUGGUCUGCUUUUCUAUUCAUCUGGUAUGGUUAUUUCUCUUGUCAGGAAAUAGUUAACAAAGAAGCAGGGUGAUGGGCCAGCUUACAAAAAAUGGUUUUCAAAAUAAUAAGUAGACUAGGAUUUGGAACCAGAUGGCAACAGGUUAAUAGCAAUUGUACUUUGAUGUCAGACAGAGGCCUUCUCUGGCCCAUUCCUUCUCUUAGGAGGACUCCCCAGUCCCAGCUGCCAUCAAUAUCCAUUUAUUCAAACAAGGAAAAUUGUUGAAAUCCUUUUCUCCUCUCUGUCUUGGCUCCCAACUCAAAUCUCUUGCCCACUCUUUUAGUGGUUCCUGUUCAGUGAAGAAUUUGACUCUAUGCCAGUGAUCUUGCCACAAAUGUUUAGAGUCCCUGCAAUUUCGGGUGAACAGAUAACAUUGGGGGCUAGAAACGAUAAGAAAAAGAUCAGUUGGCAUGUUAUUUUCUGGGCUCAGCCUUUUCAGUUUCAGUAUUCACUACUUGACUUUACCAUUUCUCAUCUUUAAUUAUAGGGAGAGUUGUUUUACUAAUAUUGGCUUUGUAUUGCAAGAAGGAAGGAAAAUUAACUAGAUGAUGCUAUAAGAGAAAUGUAGCAAGUUAAAGUUACAGUUAGAGCUUUGUUUCAAGAGUUUUUUUUUUCAAAAAAUUUUACUGAAUUAAAAAUUGAAUUGGUAAAGAAUCAUUACUAUUUUUUUUAGGUGUAAUAGUUGUAUAUUUAUGUUAAAAAAAAGAGUUAUCUUUUAUAGAUACAUACUGAAAUAUUUAUGGAGGAAAUGGUAUGUGUGGGAUUUGCUUCUAAUAACAGGGGAGGGAUAAACCCACUGACCCACUGCUGUCGAAUCAGUUCCAACUCAUAGCGACCCUAUAGGACAGAGUAGAACUGUCUCAUAGGGUUUCCAAGGCUAUAAAUCUUACAGAAGCAGACUGCCACAUCUUUCUCUCAAAGAGCUGCUGGUGAGUUCGAACCACUUACCUUUUGUUUAGCAGCUGAGCACUUCAACCACUACAUCAUCAGGGCUCCUUAGGGGAGGAAUAAAGUCAGUGGAAUAUAGAUGAAACAGGACUGGCUGUGAGUUGAUAGGAGUUCCUGGGUAAUGCAAACUGUUAAUAUGCUCAGCUGUUAACUGAAACGUUGGGGGUUUGAGACACUGAGAGGUGCUUCAGAAGAAACGCCUGGAGAUGUACUUCCAAAAAAUUAGCCACUGAAAACCCUAUGGAGCACAGUUUUACUCUGACACACAUGGGGUUGCCAUGAGUUGGAAUCAACUUGGCAGCAUCUGGUUAUGAGUUGAUAAUGGCUGAAACUGGGUGAUGAGUACAUAGGGGUUCUUCAUACCAUUCUGUCUACUAUGUAUGUAUUUGAAAUUUUCCAUUUCAAAUGGAAAAUUAAGAAUAAUGAUAAAAUUAUUAUAUAAUGCAUAUACUGACAAAGGAUUAAUAAUCAGAAUAUUUGAAGGGUAUAUAGGUGAAGUGAUUAAGAAUAUGGAGCCAGAUUGGCUGGGCUUGAAUCCCAGCUCUACUGUUUACUAGCUCUAUACCAUGGGGCAUGUUACUUAACUUCUCUGUGCCACGAUUUUCUCAUUUGUAAAUUUACGAUAAGAAUUGUAUAUACUUUGUAGGCUUGUUGUGAGAAUUACGAGUUAAUACAAGUGAAGCACAAUAAAUAUUAGUUAUUAGUAUUAUUUUAGGGGGCACUUGUGGCACAGUGGUUAAGCACUUGGUUGCUAAUCAAAAGGUCUAACCCACCAGCUGCCCUGUGGGAGAAAGAUGUGGUAGUUGGCUUCCCUAAAGAUUACAGCCUUGGAAACCCUAUGGGGCAGCUCUUCUCUGUCCUAUAGGGUCGGUAUGAGUUUGAAUCAUCUAGACAAGCAAUGAGUUUUCUUUUUUUAAAAUAUUAUUUCAAGAAUCCCUAUAAAUAAACAAGAAAAAGAUAAGUAAUGGAAAAAUAACGGAAAGCCCAGAAAUAAGCAGUUCACCAAAAGGGAAACCGAAAAGCCCAAUACACAUGAGAAGACUCUUUCUCACUACUAAUCAGGGAAAUAAAAAUAAAAAUGACAAUAAGAUACCAUUUUAUACCCAUCAGAUUGGGUAUAAAAUACCAAAUGUAGAUGACGAUACAGAGUGAUAGGAAAACCUCUUCAUACCCUGUUGGUGGAAAUAUAAAUCUGUACUGUUACUUGGAGAAUAGUUGGCCAGUAUAUAAUAGAAUUGAAAAAUGCUCAUAUUCUAUAAUCUAGGAUUUCUAUUCUAGUUAUAUUCCCUAGGGAGAUGUCCAAGACUGAACCGAAUACUGUUAGGAGCAUCCCCUGAAAUUUACCCAACCCUGAUCUUGGUAAUAAACAUUUGUUUUACCUCCUUAUAGUUCUGUUCAAACAACUGCCUCUUGGUCUAUGUACAGGUUCUGUAUAAGCACAAUUAGGUGUUCUGGAAUUCCUCUGUUCUGUGUUAUCUGCAAUUGUUAUGAUCCGUAAUGCCUUUGCAUAGUUAGUAAAACACAGGUGUAAACAGAAUUCUGGUAUUCUCUGCUUUCAGCCAGGAUUCAUCUGACAUCAGCAACGAUAUACCUCGUUCCAUGUCCUCUUCUGAAUCCGGCUUGAAUUUCUGGUAAUUCCCUGUUCAGUGUACUGCUGCAACCACUUUUGAAUUAUCUUCAGCAAAAUUUUACUUGCAUGUGGUAUUAAUAUCGCUCAAUAAUUUCCACAUUCAGUUGGAUCACCUUUCUUUGGAAUGGGUACAAAUACGGAUCUCUUUCAGUGGGUUGGCCAGGUAGCUAUCUUCCAAAUUUCUCAGCAUAGACCACUGAGUGUUUCCAGCAUUGUAUCUGUUUAUUGAAACAUCUCAGUUGAUAUUCCAUCAAUUCCUGGAGCCUUUUUUUUCACCAGUGCCUUCAGUGCAGCUUGGACCUCUUGAUCCUAUGCUACCUCCUGAAAUGGUACAAGGACUCUGUGUAUUCCCUACAUCUUCUUUUGAUAUUUUCUGAGUCAUUCAGUGUUUUGCCCAUAGAAUCCUUCAACUAGGGGCUUGAAUUUUUUCUUCAGUUCUUUCAGCACGAGAAAUGCUGGGCAUGUUCUUCCCUUUUGGUUUUCUAACUCCAGGCCUUUGUACAUGUCAUCAUAAUACUUUACUUCUUUCUCCAGCCACCCUUUGAAAUCUUCUGUUCAGCUUAUAUGAUAGUCCAGUUAAAAAUGGCCAAUACCAGUUCAUUUCAGCUCACUAAAGCCUAGGAUAUUGAUUUUCAAGAGUUCCAUUUCAUUUUUGACAACUUCCAGUUUUCCUAGAUUGAUACUUUGUACAUCCCAUCUUCCAGUUACUAAUGGAUUUUUAUGGCUGUUUUUCUCAUUUUGAGUCGGGCCACAUCAGCAAAAGAAGGCCCCGAAAGCUUUACUCUCUCCGUGUCAUUAAGGUCAGCUCUCCUUUGAGGAGGCAACUCUUCCCCACUUGUAUUUUGAAUGUCCUUCAAGCUUGAGGGGCUUAUCUUCCAGCAAUAUAUCAGACAGUGUUCGCUGCUACUCAUAAGGUUUUCACUGGCCAGUUCUUUCAGAAGUAGAUCACUAGGUCAUUCUUCCUAGUCUCUCUUAGUCUGGAAGCUCUGCUGAAACCUGUCCACCAUGGGUGAUCCUGGUGGUAUUUGAAAUACCAGUGGCAUAGCUUCCAGCAUCGCAGCAACAUGCAAGCCAGCACAGUACAACAAACUGACAGACAGUGGUAGUCAGCCUGUUAACCAUCCACUCCUAUUCCUGUUUCAACUCUUCUCAACUUUCAAUUUUUGUUUGUUUUCACUUUCUACCUGGAAUUCUUUUUCUCCUUUCUCUUUUCUAAUCCGUAACGUCUUUCGAGGAUGUGUUUAAAUCAUUCUUCAAAAAAUCUUUUUGAUCACUUCAGCCAACACUAAUUUUCUGUUCUUCUGAGAUCUAUAUUGCAUAUUGUUGUAAUUAGUACUUUUUUUUUUUACAUUAAAUUACGUAUAACUUUUUCAUGUGACUUGCCACAUAUGAUGAAACAUAAGGUAAGGUUUUUUUUUUUUUUCUUCUUCCAGAAAUUAGCGUUUAGAAAAGGGAGAGUCUUUUUGUAUUUGACUUCUUAUAAAGUCUUUUUUGUUACUGGGCUCUCAGUGAGGUUGUAGCCAGUUCAUGAAAAAGGAUAAAUGAAUCUCUUGUCACCAUCUCCUUGCAAGCUAUUUGGUAGAAAAUGCUAGUUCAAUCAAUAUGAGUUUCAUUUCCUCUAGAGAUCAAUUGACAUUAUUGGCUAAAGAAAACAAAACAAAAAAAUAGCCCAAAAUUUUAAGAAAGUUUUAGUUACUGUUCUUGGAAAUACAGCCUCCUAAUUUGAAGUGCUGAAUGUAACUGUGUGCAAGCCUUAAUCGUAAUAAAAACUUAAAAAAAAUCACAUCAUUAAAAAAAAAAAAACAACAUGGCUAGUGGUCACAUACGGCAAUAACAAAUAUACACCAAUAGAAUGAAUGAAAAAAAAAUCUAACCCAACAUUAAUGCAAAUGGGCUCUUAUGGUUUAGGAUGAAAUAUUUAGUAAUAACAUAGAUUCAGAGAAGUGAUGGAUCUCACAAAUUUUAGAAAGAAAUGCAGAUGAUAUUUUCCAGAAAAUUUACACAAAAAGUAGCCUUAUUGACAAAGACAUUGAUACAAAAGUUGCGCGUGAAGAGUUUUAAUAACAAUUUUAUGAAAUAUAAAGAUAGAAAAUCAUUAAUACCAAAUUAAUAUAUUUGAUAUAAUACUUAAUUUUAAAUAUGUAUAAAUAAAUUUCUAAAAGCUUAUAUAUUUAACAGGGCCACAAAGCUUUUCUUCCCUAUCCGUCUCUUACUUCCAUCCAUCUGUUGUCAUUCGGGAAAAAUUGGGUACUGCCUUAUACUUGGGGUAGCUGUGUUUUAGGCAGAUAUGGCAUGUCACAAUUAAGUUCCUUCAGGACAAGCAUGUCUUAUUUUUUUGUUUUCCCUUUUUUUCUCCUGGGUAACUUCUACUUAUAUUUUAAAGUUCCCCCUAGAUGUUGCUGUCUCUGAGAAGUCCCAUAGCGUAGCUAGUGUGACUUACAUGGUUACUUCUGUUGCAGCAUUGAUUUCUCUGUAUAGUAAACCGUCACCCCAACAAAUGGCUUGAACUUGAGGCCCGAGGGUGUGUUUUUAUCUUGAGAUAAAAUGAACUGAAACACAGUCUAGAAUAUAGCGCUUGCUGAAAAAAUAAAUUAAAUGAAUGAAUACAUGUUUGGCUUUCUCCAUGGUGCUUGGCAUAGUGUUAAAACAGAUGAGAUGUUGUUCAAUAAAUACUUACUGAAUUAAUGAAUCAUUAGGAGAACAUUUAUGUUUCUGAAAAUGCUUCAGAGAAGGAAGUAAUCAAGCCUUGAGGGUUGAAAGAGAAUUCAGGUAGACAUGCAUAGUCUGGGGUGGUGUUGAAGCUGUCUUCCCGUAGCAAAUGGCUUUGUUGCUUAAAACCCGGAUGAGGGAGAUAGCUCCCUGAAACUGAAGCUGAGUUUCCGCAUUUGGGAGAUUAAGGUAAGAGCUUCCGCACAGCCUAAACGACAGCACUACACACAUCAUAUGUGAAUAUUACAUGAAGAGAUGCAUGAAAGCCAAAUUUAAUUACUGAGAUGAUUGUGAUGACAAUUACGUUUUUCUCUUCCAGUUCACAGUCCUAGAAGGGACCCUAAGCCAAACAGAGUCUUUUUCUUUUCCCCAAGGGAUCUGAACAUUUCCCUGUCUCCUUAUAGCUGUAUUGGAAAUCUGAAGUAAAGCUGUUCAUUGAAUUAUUUUCAGUGCAGUAUACAGAGAUACUGUGAUUGGCACAUAGGAAAUGUCAUCAGAGAGAUUGGUUCUACUGGGCAUACAGUAUUAAUUAACUAGCAGAAAUUUAUUUUUUGGGCAAAGAACCCAAAUACUCAGAUUUCAGUUUGCUUACUCAGGUUGCAUCCCUUCUCAGUGAAUCUAUUUCCUUUUCUUACCAAUGUUUUUGUCUUAAUAUGUAUGUAAAGAGGGUACAAUGGAAGUACUGGGAUAUGUCAGUGGCAGGCGGCAUUUAGCCACUGGACUAGGCAGAUAGAAAUGUUGUUUAGGGGAACUGAAAUAGGUUGAUGCUGGGGAGGGGCCGUUUUCACUGGACUCAGAGGAUGAUGGCUUGGGCUCCAUGGCGCAUUGUUGGGUAUUCAACUAUGCAGGUCUGUAGCUCAGUUUUUUUUGGUGUACUUGGAGUUGAUUGGGUUUUAGGAGGCUAACUCACAUUGAUUAUACGUGUGAGAGAUUGAAGUGAAUUAAUUUAUGAUGUGAAUUAUAACUGCCAAAAGGUAAGAACGUUUGAAUCGGCUGCUUAGUGCAUUUUCUCACUGUAGGGUAUUUAUAUGGGAGCAAAUAAUCUGCAGGUUGUUAGGUGAACAUGAAGUCAGAGCCAAAGGUGGUAGGUAGAGCAUAGAUUUUCAGGUUGGUUUUAUUAGUUGGUAUCAUCAGAGUUUGAUAGCCUGAUUUCUACUGUAGAAAUGUACCUGUGUCAAGGAAGACUAAAAACCUGGAAUCUGCUGGCUAGGGCCCCAUUUCACCUGCAUAGACUUGGAGGCAAUAUUUAUUGGCUUCCCUGUCUUAGACCCUAUGCAGGCUACCCAUACUCUUUUGUUCCCAUAGUUUUCUUCAGAUAUUUUAGUAACAUUUAUUAGCCUGUGGCUUUCUUUUGUACUUGAUAAUGUAUUAGUUAAGAUCUCUGGGUGGUGCAAAUGGUUUGCACUCAGCUACUAACCAAAAGUUGGCAGUUGGAAUCCAGCCAGUGGCACUGAGAAAGAAAGGCCUGGCAAUCUACUUCCAUAGAUUACAGCCAUUGAAACCCUUAUGGAGUGCAUUUCUACUCUGACCCAUAUGGGGUCACCAUGAUUUGGAACUGAUUUGACAGCAGUGGGUAAAAGUAUUAGUUAGAGUUCCUGACCUUUUUCCCCCUAAUUUUAGUGUCUUCUCCUGAUACCUAAUCUCGUCUCUUAUGAGUUGAAUUUGUGUAUUUACAAUUCAGAGAUUUGGAGGUGACUUAUUGUUGAUUGCUCCCUUGUAAUGACUGUGACCACCAAGGAGGCUACCACUUCCAAGUAUUGCACCUCAUAGAGACAACUAAGAGACAGAUGUUCUGUGGACAGUCUCAUGCCUUCUCUACCCAAAAAACCUGAAGCAGAAAGUGUGCGGAGUCUAUGGUUUUAUUAUGGGAAGGAAAUACAUGUUCCCAUUUAUUGAAACAUACUUAGGAACCAAGCUAGGCACUUUACCUACAUCACCUUGUUUAAUCCUUGUAGUGACCCUAUGAGAAAGUUAUUAUCUAUUUUAAAUAUGGGGAAGAUGGGAUUCAAGAGGCUUAAGUAAUUUGUUUAUGGUUACAUUCCUAGUAAAUGCUUCCUUUCAAAGGCGUAUCUGUCUGACUCAAAGACUUUUUCUUUUUAAUAAAGAUUAGUUUAUGUUUUUCAUUUUAAAAGUAAUGUGUGCUUAUUAUUUAAAGUCUGAAAAAUAGAAAAGUAGAAAGAAAAAAAAGAAUAAUCCGUAGUCACACUCCAGGAGAUACAACCAUUGUUAACAUCAGCCCAAACUUGUGUGACUUUACCCACUGUUUUGAAUUUGCUAAAUAAGUUUGUUACCAAACAAGCAACCUGUCUCUGGAUUUCGUUGUGUACCAUCGAGUCAAUUCCAACUCAUAGAGAUGCUGUAGGACAGAGUAGAACUCUCCCUUAGAGUUUCAAAGGCUGUAAUCUUUAGGAAGCGGGUGGCUGCAUCUUUUUCCCAAGGAGCGGCUGGUGGGUUCAAUCCAUCAGCCUGUUGGUUAGCAGCUGAGCGCUAAUCAUUUUACCACCUAGGAGUUUCCCAAAAUAUUCUUAUUUGUUUAUUUUUAUUACAUUAUUUACAAGCCAAGUGAUUAUCAAUUAAAGCAUGUUAAGUGUCUACCAUAUGACCAGGACAGCACUAGGUGCAAUGGGCAGUAUGUGAAGGGCUAUGAUCACUGAGUCUCAGAGUUGGAGUUUAUUUCUUCAUGCACCCAGCUUCUGCUGGAACACAUCCAGUGGUGAGGAGCUCUCCCUCAUGAGGGGCUGCUAUUCGCUUCUAGAUCGUUCUGGUUGUUAAGAUGUUGUGCCAGCUCCUCAGAAAACCUACAGACUUGGGGAGAUAAGAUUAAAUGUAUGAAAUAAGGGCCAUUUAUGCAAGGUAAUAUUUCAUUAAAUGCUGAUAUAAACUGUCAGUGCUGUGGAAAUUGGACAAGAAAUAAGAAAGGCCAUCACCCACAAGAGGAAGAUGGAAGGGAACUCUGUUUUGCAUAACUCUGUGCCUGAGCCAGAUACUUGAAAGGAAAAUCUAGUUGAAUUAUCACAGCAACUCUGGAAAGGUAGUAGGUAUUAUUUCCGCUUUGCAGAUCUGAUAACUGAGAUGCGGUUUGCAGUUGUGAAGCUGGAAUUUGGAAUGGGUGUUGCAUCAAAGAUACGCACACUCACCUCUUUUACACUGCCAUCUCUCUAAAGUAGGUCCUGUGCUAGAUCUUGGGGAUUUCUUAAAAUAGCUUUUUUCUUGUUACUGAAAAUGCACAGGGUGUAGAAUAUUUGCAAAGUAUAAAAAUCACCUGUAAUGCUACCACUCAGGGAUAGCUAGAGUUAAUAGUUUGGUGUAUUUCUGUCCAGCAUUUACAUUCACAUACGUAUAUGCAUCAUAUGUGUAAAUGUGCAUUUUGUAUAUCUUUUAUAUAAAAUCACGAUUGCUAUGCAUAUUUAUAUAUUGUUUGUUUUUUAUAAAACAUGAUAAUCAUUUUUCUGUCAUGAAAAUUUUCUAAAGCAUACAUUUUUAAGUAUUACAAAGAAUUCUUUCAUUUUAUGUGCAAUAAUUUGUAAUUAUUUAGCCCCUCAUUUAAAGUUUAAGCUCUCUGUAGUUUUUUGCUAUGAAAUGGUUACCAUAUUUUGAUAAACAUUGUUAUAUGAAAUUCCUUGCCCAUAUCUCUGAUGAUUUCCUAUCAAAGUAUAUAUAUACAUAUUAAGACUUUUGAUUAAAAGCUACCAUCUAGAGAAGUUGUACCAUUUAUACUCUCACCAGUGACAGUACAUGAGGAUACCCAGUACUCUCCUUAGGAGUCUCUGGGUGGCACAAAUGGUUGAGUGCUCAACUACUAACCAAAGAGUUGGUAGUUCGAAUCCACUCAGAGGUACCUCAGAAGACAGGCCUGGCAAUCUAUUUCUGAAGGGUUACAGCCUUGAAAACCCUGUGGAGCACAGUUUUACUCUGCACACACGGGGUCUCCAUGAGUUGGAAUCGACUGGAUGGCAACUAAGGACAGUACUUCCCUAUUACUAAGUAGUAUCAUUUAAAAAAUAUCUAUCCUAACUUGAUGGGUAGAAAAUUACCUUUUAUGGUUUUUAAUUUUCAUUUUCUUUGGUUACCAAAUAGUGUGAACAUAUAUUGGAGUUGUCAUCUAAAGUGCUGCCAGCCUUGAAUUUCUGUCUUCUAAGAACCAUACUGCAUGGAGAAGACAAAAGAAUUUAUACCGAAUUACUCUGUGUCCUUUCUCU